AUGCCCCUCGGAGACUCGAUCACUGGCAGCCCAGGCUGCUGGAGAGCUCUACUGUGGAAGAAGCUUCAGGAUAACAAUAUCAAGAAUAUCGAUUUCGUCGGAACUUUGCCACCGCAGGGAUGUGGUUUCGACUACGAUGGAGAUAAUGAGGGCCACGGUGGCCUUCUUGCGACAGACCUUGCUCGGGAGAGUAGACUAGAGCGUUGGCUUGGGGAUACGAAACCCGAUAUUGUCAUGAUGCACCUCGGCUCAAACGACGUGUGGAGUACGAAGAAGCCCGAGGAGAUUCUUGGCGCACUGGAUAAGCUGGUUGACCAAAUGCGGGCUAGCAAAGAAAGCAUGAAGAUAUUGAUUGCUCAGGUAACACCCCUAGACCCAGCCGGCUGUACAAACUGUAUGCGAGGCAUUGAGGAUUUCAACAAAGUCAUACCAAAUUGGGCGAGCAGUAAAUCAAAUGAGAAAAGCCGUAUUACUGUUGUUGACUGCCAUAAGGACUUUAAUGUCAAGGGGAUGACGCGAGAUGGUGUACAUCCCAAUGGCAAGGGCGACGAAAAGCUAGCUGAUAGUUGGUUUGAGCCCCUGGUAAAGGCCAUCAAAGGGGGCUAA